CUGCUCCGCUUCCGGGUCAAAGGGUGCACUUCCGGCGUUCCCAGCAGCAGUGGAGGGAAAAUCCCCCCAAAAUACAACAGAAUUAACCAAAAAAAUAACUAAUAAAUACACCCGAACCUGCGGUUAACUCACCUGACAGGUUUGAUUGGGGCUGCUGGUCUGCAGGUGAGAACCGAAGAACCAGGAUGCUUAGGAGGAAACCAACUCGUCUGGAGUUGAAGAUCGACGACACCGAAGAGUUCGAGAGUGUCAAGAAGGAGCUGGAGGCCAGGAAGCGUCAGCGGGAGGAGGCGGAGUCAGGAGGUGGCGUGGAAGGGGCGUCUGUCAUCAGCGUUGACAUAAUUGGGGGCGGAGCCUCUGCAUCGGCCACAUCAUCCACGGCUUCGAGGGCGGAGCUUAUCAACGAGCGAAUCGGCUACAAGCCCCACCCCAAACCAGCAGCAUUGCCGACCUUAUUUGGAAGUUUACAGUUUUAAUAAACAUGGAGACUGUUUGUUUGUUUGUUUGUUCCAACAAUCCAAUCAGAAAAUACUGGAAAAGUACUGUAGUACUAAAAGACCUGCAGUAAAAGUACUGUAGUACUGAAACACCUGCAGUAAAAGUACUGUAGUAUUUAAACACCUGCAGUAAAAGUACUGUAGUAGUACAGUACUUGCAUUAAAGCUACAGUAAUUUUACAGUAUCUGCAAUAAAAGUAUUAUAUGAUUACAGUA